UUGCUUUAACCUUCAACCAGCCAUCUUACUGUCGCUUACAACAUAACAGUACAAGCAGAAAAAGUCAAUACAGUUCAUAACUUUAAUAUUUUUUCCCCUUAACAGAAUUUAGAAAGUUUCAACAACAAAACCUUGAUCAAUGACUUAGUCAUCAUGAACUGAUGAUACAUAUUCAACGCAUUGCCAAAAAAUGAAUGAACUUCCACUCAUGGUUUCCUCAGGAUUUCUUCCAAGUGGGAAUUUGCUGGAAACACUUAUUCACAUCUCUAACCAAGUAUUGUCAAUGGAAAAGCUUCCAUUUUUACAGGUCAAGAACAUCUCAACAAUGGUAAGAAGGAUCAAGAUUCUUUCUUCAUUGUUUGAAGAAAUUCAAGAAACAUCAUCCACUGCACUACUUCCACCAUCCUCAAUCCUCUGUUUGACUGAGCUUUUCUCUGUCAUAAGAAAGGUAAAGCUCCUCAUAGGAAGUUGCAAAGAGAGCAGCUCUUUGUGGAAUCUCAUGCAGACAGAAUUGGUUUCGAACCAAUUUCAUGCACUGAUGAAGGAGAUGGAGAAGGCACUUGAUAUUUUACCCCUGAGAUUGCUUAAUGUAACUGUAGACACCAAGGAGCAAGUGGAGCUACUUCUUAAGCAGGCGAAAAGGGCUGACUUGUUCAUUGAUCCUCGAGAAAUUCAGAAAAGGGAAGAGAUUCUCCAGUUGAUGGCUACUAAUAACUGUGAUAAGAACAGCAAGAACAAAGGUUUCAUUGACUUUCGGAGAAUGAAGGACACUAUGAUCAGCGUUGGUUUGAGAAGCUCAUUAGAUUAUGAGGAAGAGAUCUCGAAAUUAGAGGCAGAAGCUGAGAAACAGGCAGGCACAGGUGGACUCAUCGCCAUCUCGAAUAUCAACAGCCUAAUAUCCUUGGUCUCCUUAUCGAAAGCAGCAAUUUUGGAAGAAGAACACCUCAUGAUUAAGCAAAAUUUGAAGCAGCCAGCACCAAUGAGUGCUCGUGCUGAUCAAUGCUCCUUGUGUUAUUCAGUGGUUCCCGACAUCCCUGAUGAAUUCCGGUGUCCAAUUUCACUUGACUUGAUGAGGGAUCCUGUGAUAAUAGCAUCAGGCCAUACUUAUGACCGAAAUUCAAUCGCUCAGUGGAUAAAUUCAGGGCACCACACUUGUCCAAAAAGUGGUCAGAGGCUGAUACAUAUGGCUCUCAUUCCUAACUAUGCACUGAAAAGUCUAAUCCAUCAAUGGUGCCAAGAGAACAACAUUCCAAUAACAGAACCUACAUUAUCUCCUUCAGAUUCAGAAGGCAGCAGCAGCAGUAAGAUUAAGAACUGUGACAAGGCCAUUGACUACAUUUCUGCUACUAAAGCUGCCACAGAUGCUGUGAAAAUGACAGCAGAGUUUUUAGUUGGGAAAUUGGCAACAGGAUCUCCAGAUAUACAGAGACAGGCAGCAUAUGAACUAAGAUUGCUAGCAAAAACUGGCAUGGACAAUCGCAGGAUCAUAGCUGAGUCUGGAGCUAUUCCAUUUCUGAUGACUCUGCUAUGUUCCCGUGAUCCAAGAAUCCAGGAGAAUGCAGUCACAGCAUUGCUCAACCUUUCAAUACAUGAGAAUAACAAGAUCCUGAUUAUGUCUGCUGGUGUUAUCGACAGCUUAAUUGAAGUCCUCCAAUGUGGGAAAACAAUGGAAGCAAGAGAAAAUGCAGCAGCAGCAAUAUUCAGCUUGUCUGUAAUCGACGAAUACAAAGUAAUCAUAGGGGCACGUACCAGAGCAAUUCCAGCUUUGGUUGGACUUUUAGAAGAAGGAACUACAGCAGGGAAAAAGGAUGCUGUUAUAGCACUUUUUAACCUUGCAGUCUAUGAUGCUAACAGGCCAAGUAUAGUGCUUGCUGGAGCUGUUCCUCUACUUAUUAAACUUCUGAUGGAUGACAAAGCUGGUAUAACUGAUGAUGCGUUGGCGGUUCUUGCCCUUGUCUUGGGCUGCAACGAAGGGCUGCAAGCAUUGAGAAAGAGUAGGAUCUUGGUUCCUCUUCUUGUUGAUCUCUUGAGAUUUGGAUCUUCAAAAGGGAAGGAUCAUUCAAUAACACUACUGUUGGGACUCUGCAAGGAUAGUGGAGAAGAGAUUGCAGGAAAAUUACUAAUGAAUCCAAGAAGCAUUCCUUCUCUCCAAAGCUUGGCUGCAGAUGGAUCCCUGAGAGCUCGAAGAAAGGCUGACGCUCUCCUAAGAUUACUUAAUAGAUGCUGCUCUCAAUCUCAGUAACCCUGAUGAAUGAGAGAAAUGAAUACACUGUUAACAAGAAUGUAAAUGGAUGGAAAUAGUUUUUACGUUAAGUUACUGUAAUUCAACCUUUAUCCCUUUCACCAUAAACCUGAUAACAUCCAAUCAAGUUGUAAAACUCUUCUUCAUUGAAGCCACAUUGAAAUGCAAAUUA